GAGCUGAGUGAAGAGAUAAUUCUGCAGAGCAAUUUCAAACUACAACAAAAAAAGAUGGCCAGGGUUUUGGAUAUAGGUGAAGGACCUGAAGGAGGACACAAUGAGUUCAGCAACAUCAUUAAAUCCAGAUCUGAUGAACACAACGAUGUACAAAAGAAAACUUUCACAAAAUGGAUAAAUUCUCGCUUUUCUAAGUGUGGAAAGCCACCAAUAAAGGACAUGUUCACAGAUCUUCGUGAUGGGAGAAAGCUCUUGGAUCUUUUGGAAGGUCUCACUGGUAGUCCACUGAUCAAAGAACGUGGAUCUACCAGAGUCCAUGCCCUGAACAAUGUCAAUAAAGUGCUUCAGCUUUUACAUCAGAACAGUGUGGAGCUGGUGAACAUAGGAGGAACUGACAUUGUUGAUGGAAAUCACAAACUGACUCUUGGCUUACUGUGGAGCAUAAUUUUGCACUGGCAGGUCAAAGAUGUAAUGAAAGAUAUCAUGUCAGACUUGCAGCAAACAAACAGUGAAAAAAUCCUAUUGAGCUGGGUGAGACAGUCUACUAGGCCUUAUAGCCAGGUCAAUGUUUUGAACUUUACCACAAGCUGGUCAGAUGGACUUGCCUUCAAUGCUGUGAUCCAUAGACACAGGCCUGAGCUAUUUAGCUGGGAUAAAGUAACUAAAAUGCCCCCUAUUGAAAGACUAGAGCAUGUCUUCAACAUAGCUAAAAAUCAUCUGGGGAUAGAAAAAUUAUUAGAUCCUGAAGAUGUUGCUGUACAACUUCCUGACAAGAAAUCCAUUAUCAUGUACUUGACAUCCUUGUUUGAGGUUCUUCCUCAGCAAGUUACCAUGGAAGACAUUAGGGAAGUUGAGACUCUUCCAAGAAAAUACAAAAAAGAAUGUGAAGAAGGUGACAUGCAGGUGCUUGUAGUAUCUGAUGACUAUGGAGACUCAAGAGCUGAAACACCCAGUACAGUGACAGAAGUGGACAUGGACUUGGAUAGCUACCAAGUAGCUCUGGAAGAUGUUCUUACCUGGUUGCUGUCUGCUGAAGAUACAUUCCAAGAGCAGGAAGACAUAUCCGAUGAUGUUGAGGAAGUCAAGGAGCAGUUUGCUAUGCAUGAAGGUUUUAUGAUGGAGUUGACCGCGCAUCAGAGCAGUGUGGGUAGUGUUCUGCAGGCUGGUAAUCAGUUGAUAGCCCAAGGCAAUCUGUCAGAAGAGGAGGAAAGUGAAAUACAAGAGCAAAUGACUUUGCUCAACUCUCGAUGGGAGGCUCUAAGGGUUGAAAGUAUGGAUCGGCAAUCUCGCCUUCAUGAUGUAUUGAUGGAAUUACAGAAGAAACAACUGCGGCAGCUGUCUGACUGGUUGACUGUUACAGAAGAACGCAUUCAUAAGAUGGAAUCUCAGUGCUUAGCUGACAAUUUGGAGUCCUUUCAGCAGCAGAUGGAUGAACAUAAAAGUCUACAAAAUGAUCUCGAAGCAGAGCAGGUUAAAGUAAACUCAUUGACCCACAUGGUGGUCAUUGUAGACGAAAACAGUGGUGAGAGUGCCACGGCUCUACUGGAGGAGCAACUGCAGAAACUUGGUGAGCGCUGGACAGCAGUUUGUCGUUGGACUGAGGAGCGAUGGCUCAAACUUCAAGAGAUUAAUAUCUUGUGGCAGGGACUCUUGGAAGAACAGUGCUUGUUGAAAGCCUGGUUAGUAGAAAAAGAAGAGGCUUUAAACAAAGUACAAAGAAGCAGCUUCGAAGAUCAAAAUGAGCUUGGGGUGAAUGUUCGAAAGCUGGCAAGUUUGAAAGAAGAUUUGGGAAUGAAGCGUCAGAUGUUAGAUCAGCUGAGUGAGGUGGCCCAGGAUGUGGCACAACUACUCAACAAUGAGAAAGUAUCAAUGAAAAUUGAGAAUGAUCUGGAAGAACUAACACAGAAUUGGGACAGUUUAGUUCAGAAACUUGAGGACUGUUCUAAUCAGGUUUCUCAGGCGGUUGGAAAUGUUGGCAUGGGACAGAUCUCGCAGAAAAUCAUCACAGAGACAGUUAAUGUCAAAGAGCAAAAAAUGGCUAAGGAGGAACAGUUUCCACCUCUUCCUCCUCCAAAGAAAAGACAAAUCAGUGUAGAUAUAGAGGCUAAGAAAAAGCUUGAUUCUGAAAUUGCUGAGCUGUUGAACUGGAUUUCGAAAUCAAAAACUGCCAUUCAGGCCAUAGAGAUCAAAGAAUACAAGAAGACAAGAGAGACUUCAGAAAUGAAAGAAAAGCUGAAGAUUUUGGAAACAGAAUGGGCUGGAAAAAAGAAAAUAUUAGAUGAACUGAGCCAGAUAGGACAAAACUUGCUGAAACAAAUGGGAAAAGAAGGGCUUCCUACUGAGGAUGUAUCAAAUUCCCUAGAGAAGGUAUUCUUAGAGUGGAAGGGAGUAUCUGGGCAUCUGGAAGAAGUAACAAGAAAAGUGAACUGCCAGGAUGAAAUAAACAUGUAUUUUAGGGAAUUGGGUGAACUUGAUAAGGCUGUGACUGAAAAAGAAUUGUGGCUGAAAGACAAAUCUGCUUCAUCAUCACCAAAGCAACAUUUAACGGCUCUAAAGGAUUCAUGCCAGAGGGAGCUCACUCACUUACUAACUCUGCGUCCUCAAACUGAACACCUGAAAACUAGGGCUAAGGUCCUGGCAUCUUACCCUGCUGUUCCAAAUUUUAUUGAAGAUAGCCUCAACUCUUUGACUGAUCGCUUCAUGUCUGCUCAACAGAAGCUGGAAGAAUUGCAACAGCGCUGGAAAAAAGCUGAAUUGGAAUGCCAGCCUGCCCAAGAUUAUUUGGAUGCUUUAAAGAAACUGAAGAAUGAACUGAAUGAAUUGGAAAGCAAGGAGCAAUCCAGCAUGAGUUCUAUGAAUGAUUUCAGUAAAGCAGAGAGAGCCUUGCAACAGAUAAAGGCAGUUGAUGAGACUCUAGAAAAUCAGAAAACUAUUAUAGAUAGACUUGUUGCAGACACACAGGUCUUGGAGAAAAGUAUUUCUGCUGAUAAAUCAAAGAUCUACAAGCAAGAAUUAAAAUGUUUGCAGGGGUGCAGGGACAAGUUGAAAAUGAAGGUUUCUAAAGAUGUUCACUUGCUGGAAGAAACUACUUCCAAGCUAAGAGUAUUUGAGACUGAUUCAAAACUGGUUCAAAAGUGGCUGGAUAGUGUAAAAGACUUCUUAAUGAAAGAGCAGAACAUCCAAAGGGAUCCUGAAGGACUUCAAAGGCAGCUGGAUCAAUGCAUGCUGCUUGUUACUGAAAUGGAAAAGACGGAGCUGUCUCUAAAAGGAAUGAAAGAGAUAGAGUCCAGUUUAAGAAGCCAGCCUGUACAUGCUUCGGUGAAUUCUAAGCUGACAGAUAUCCAAGUGCUGUGGGAAAAAUUGAGCAAACAGAUCAUUAGUCAGAAAAAUCAGUUAUCGGAGAGUCAGGAAAAAGCUGUAAACCUAAAGAAAGAUUUGGCAGAGAUGCAAGAAUGGCUGGCUCAAGCUGAAGAGGAAUAUUUGGAGAGAGAUUUUGAAUACAAGACUCCAGAUGAGCUGGAAAAUGCAGUAGAGGAAAUGAAGAGAGCAAAAGAGGAUGUGCUGCAGAAAGAAGUGCGGGUGAAGAUUCUGAAAGACAAUAUCAAGAUGCUAGCUGCUAAACUGCCAUCUGGUGGUCAAGACUUAACAAGUGAACUUAACCUUGUGCUGGAGAAUUACCAACUUCUCUGCAAUAGGAUUCGGGGGAAAUGCCACACUUUGGAGGAAGUAUGGUCAUGCUGGAUUGAGUUACUCCACUAUCUGGACCUAGAAACAGCUUGGCUGAAUACGUUGGACGAUAGGAUGAAAAGCACAGAAAACUUGCCAGAUAAAGCAGAUGCUGUCAAUGAGGCCUUAGAGUCACUGGAAUCUGUCCUGCGCCAUCCAGCUGAUAAUCGAACUCAGAUUCGGGAACUUGGUCAAACAUUGAUUGAUGGAGGGAUUCUUGAUGAAAUCAUCAGUGAAAAAUUGGAAGCUUUCAAUGCUCGUUAUGAAGAACUGAGCCAUUUGGCAGUGAGCAGGCAGAUUUGUUUGGAACAGCAGCUUCAGAUGAUGAGGGAAACGGAACGCAAGCUGCAAGACUUACAAGAAAGCUUAAAGGAUCUGGAUAGGCAGCUAACUUCAUAUUUGACUGACAGAAUAGAUGCCUUCCAAAUACCUCAGGAGGCACAGAAAAUCCAAGCUGAGAUUGCUGCUCAUGAAUCCAUCUUGGAAGAAGUAAAAAGGAAUGUGCGAUCAUUGAUGCCAGCCUCCCCUGAAAGUAGAUCUCUUCGUGGAGGGUCUCUUUUGGAUGCGUUGCAGAGGAAACUCCGGGAAGUGUCCACAAAGUAUCAACUUUUUCAGAAACCAGCCAAUUUUGAGCAACGUAUGCUGGAUUGUAAACGAGUUUUGGAUAGUGUAAAAGCUGAGCUCCAUGUCAUGGAUGUGAAGGACAUUGACCCAGAUAUAAUUCAGUCUCACUUUGAUAAGUGCAUGAAACUCUAUAAGACCCUGAGUGAAGUAAAGCUCGAAGUAGAGACUGUGAUUAAAACAGGAAGGCAAAUUGUACAAAAGCAGCAAACGGACAACCCAAAAAGUAUGGAUGAACAACUUACAGCACUGAAAUUUCUUUAUAAUGAUCUAGGCGCACAGGUUACGGAAGGAAAGCAAGAUCUGGAACAGGCAUUGCAGCUGGCACGAAAACUCAAGGAAGAGUCUUUUUCCUUGUCAAAAUGGCUAGAAGCUACUGAAGCUGAGUUAGUGCACAAGUCCACCACACAGAGUUUGAUUGCUGACCUAGACACUGAAAUUGCAUGGGCUAAAAACAUUCUACGAGAACUGGAAAGAAGGAAAGCUGAUCUAAACAGUAUAACAGAGAGUAGUGCUGUACUUCAGACUCUGGUAGAAGGUAGUGAGAUGAUUUUGGAGGAGAAGCUCUGUAUUCUUAAUGCUGGCUGGAGUAGAGUUCGGACCUGGACAGAUGACUGGUGCAACAGACUUUUGAAUCACCAAAGUCAACUAGAGAUUUUUGAUGAAAAUGUUGCCCAUAUAAGCACUUGGCUCUACCAAGCUGAAGCCCUGUUGGAUGAAAUUGAGAAAAAGCCAGCCAGCAAGAAAGAUGAGACAGUGAAGCGUUUAACAUCAGAAUUGGAUGAAGUUAGCCUCAGAGUGGAUAAUGUGCGUGACCAAGCUAUUAUCUUGAUGAAUGGACGUGGCAUGUCAUGCUGUGAACUUGUAGAACCUAAGUUGGCUGAACUGAACAGAAACUUUGAAAAGGUAUCACAGCAUAUCAGAAGUGCUAAGAUGCUUUUCAGUCGGGAGGGUCAUAAAGCACAUACCAAGCAAGAGCCCCAUGGAACUGUAGUGGAUUCCACAGUUCUGGAUAAUUUUGAGUCUGAGCUACAGGACAUGCUGAAUGUUGUAGAGAAGCACAUGGAAUCAAAUGAUGAAGAUGAAAAGUUGGAUGAAGAGAGGGCUCAAGUUGAAGAGGUUCUACAAAGAGGUGAGCAGUUACUACAGCAACUUUCAGAAGACAGCAGGAGAGAAAAAAUCCGUUUGCAGCUCCUGUUUCUGCAGACAAGGCACAGCAGCAACAAGGAACUAUGGUCCUUGCAAAGGGGAAAGGUGGUGAAUAUCUCUCCAUCUUCACAGUAUAAGACUGACCAAGACAGUCUGUUGAGUUGGCUUAAUGAGACAGAUGGCCGAUUGUCAGGGCUACAGGGAGCAGAUGAUGAGCAGGAACUACAGGCAACUCACCAGAGGAUUCAAGGUCCUUAUUCAUCGAUAAUCAGAACAUCUCCAUUCCCUGCAGAAUACCUGGUUGAAAUAAACAAAAUUUUGCUAGCUGUGGCUGAUGCUGAGCUCUUACUUAAUGCCCCAGAACUUCAUGCUGUUAUCUAUGAGGAUUUUUCUACUCAAGAGGAUUCUUUAAAGAAUGUAAAAGACAUAUUGGACAAACUUGGGGAUCAGAUUGCAGUUAUUCAUGAAAAGCAACCUGAUGUUAUACUAGAGGCAACUGGAUCUGAAGCUGUUCAAAUAGGGGAUUCACUUACCCAGCUGAAUGCAGAAUGGGACAGAAUUAACAGAAUGUAUAAUGAUCGCAAAUGCUCCUUUGAUAAGUCUGUGGAAGAGUGGAGACGGUUCCAUUGUGAUCUCAAUGAUCUCUCACAGUGGUUAGCAGAAGCUGAAGGGCUGUUGGCUGAGGCCCAUACUCCAGAUUUUAGCAUGGAUAUAGAGAUGGCAAGAAUGCACCAGCAGGAACUUGAAGAGGGGGUCAGCAGCCAUCAGACCAGCUUUUCGACAUUAAACAGAACAGGGGAAGGAAUCAUACAGAAACUUUCCACUUCAGAUGGAAGCUUCCUGAAAGAGAAGCUAGCAGGAUUAAAGAAACGCUGGGAAGCAGUUACUGCUGAGGUCAUGAAAAGACAGCAGAGACUGAAAGGAGACAAUCAACAAUUGAUCGACUAUACAAGAAAACUAGAAGAGCUUAGUUGCUGGGUAGAAAAUAUUGAAAGUGCUCAAGAUGAGAAACCUACAGUUAGCCAUGAGGAAAAGCUGCAGCAAUUAAUGAGUUUGAUUGAAGAGAUGGACAUGCAAGGUGAAAAGUUUCAGUGGCUAAACAGAAAUGAACAAGAGGUCCUUUCGAAUCAAAACAUUAGUCCUCAAGAAAAAGAUUGUAUUUCUGAUAGACUGAAGACCCUGACUACUAAGUGGAAUAAAGUGUUCAGAGAAGCACCAAGCAGAGUGAGAGAACUACAGGCAUAUGUUCAUAAGCCUUAUCUUGUGCCACAGACAAGGACUCCUGGUUACUCUCUUCUCCAAAAGACGGUGCUAGUGUCUUCUGCCACUGAAAGUGUCGCUCAAACACAACAGGAAACAUCUGCACCUGCUGAUCUGGAUAAAACUACAACAGAACUGGCUGACUGGCUGGCAUUGAUUGACCAGAUGCUGAAGUCCAACAUAGUUACUGUGGGAAAUGCUGAAGAAAUCAAUCGGACCAUUGCUCGCAUGAAAAUAACGAAUGAAGAUUUAGAACAGCGCCAUCCCCAACUGGAUUCUGUUUUUACCUUGGCUCAGAAUUUGAAAAACAAAACCUCAAGUUCUGACGUUAGGACAGCAAUCACAGAAAAAUUGGAGAAGGUUAAGGCUCAGUGGGACAGCACUCAGCAUGGGGUGGAGAUACGCCAACAGCAGUUAAGAUGCAUGCUUUCUGACAGCAUGAAGUGGGAUGACCAGAAGCAGGAAAUGGAGAAGCUGAUUGGAAAAUACGAGCUCUAUCUGCAUGCCCUUUUACAGUCUCCUAAAGAGAUGCUUAUCAAACAGAUUUCUGAAAACAAA